AACGGGCACCACCACAUCCGUCCCAUGAACGAAGGAAAGGAAGGAACGAACAAUCAAUCGAAUCCUCGAAUCCUCGAAUGCUCGGGAAUGCAGGCAUGCGUGUAUUUCAAUUAGCCUGAAAGUGAGCGCCAGGAGCGUUACAGGCGGUGCAAGAUUAGGCGCCCGCGGGAGAGACACAGGGAUCGGGCGGCGAAUUGGUCCGUUCUGGAGCGGAAUUGAACGUUGGGCGGACGUGACGACAGAGGUCUAGCUAUGGCGGCGACAGUGGUGUGCUCGUCUCCGGCAGCUGCGGCGGGUGUGAUCUCUGCCCCAGCGAGCGCACAUGCCAAGAAUCAGAGCCAGAACCAGAGCGGAGUGCGGUAUGGCUUUGCGCCAGCGGUGUCACCCCUGUUGGGCAAGAGCGGGGGAUUCAGGUCUGGAGCAGGAGCAAGGAAGAGAAGCUGUGUGAGCGUGGAAUGCAGUGCCGCCGGAGAGGCUUCGUCGACCACUACGAGUAGUAGCAGUCCUUCUCCGCCUCCUGCCGAUGGUGGCUCGUGGGUUCCUGUGAUUCCCACAUCCGCUUUGCCUAGAGGUGAAAGAAGACUUGUUCGCCAGGACGGAGAGAAUGUCCUGCUCCUGUGGUACAAGGAUGAUGUUUACGCCGUGGAAAACACCUCGCCCGCUGAAGGCGCUUACAGCGAGGGAAUGUUCAACGCCAAAUUGACCCCAGUAUGUGCUUCUCGUUCUUUUGUCUCUCCGAACACUUGGACAAUACUUGCACUGAUCGUAUCAUGUGCAUGCAUGUGUCCUUCCUGCUUCUCACAGCUUGUUGGUCUGACUGGAAGAUGCCCAUCUUCUGUACAAAACUUUUGCUCAGCGUCUUGUCUGGCACUGAUGUGCUGAGUGAAUUGAAUUUGAUGAGGCAAGGACGGAGAUGUUGCCAUUCCUACAAUUUCUUCCCGUUCUAAUCUUUAUUGUUGUGUCCACCUUUCCACUCUCUCAGGAGUUUCAGGUGAUUGUCAGUCAGUGUAUGAUACUCUUUGAGCGUCCGUUUCGUCUCUGCAGUCUUGGAGUAGUAGAAGCCGUCACCUAUACAAUUGUCUUAUCUCAUUCGUACAUUGAUAUCGCGCUUCCUUUGACGGAAAGGGACCUUGCAAUCGCCUUUCUAUGUCGGGACCACCAUGCAGUUCUACAGUAGUUGUUUGGUCCGUGCUCCUUUCUUUGAUGUCCAAGAAACCCUCUACCUGUUGCGAGGAACUCAGGAGGUCACCUGCAUUCUGAUUCUUGGUGAUAUUGGCACCAUGCGUAUGUUGCUUGGCUCUGAAGGUCUGAGGAGGAUGUUGGAGUUUGUUUCCAAAAGACAGCAUUCACUCUGUUUGACCUGCGUCAGAUUCACUUUUUCCUGUGUCUGUGGCAUGAUAGUUUUCAGGUUCUCAAUGGUGUUGCCACUAGCAUGCGUAGACCGUCAAGGAAGUGAUUAGACCGCAUACUCUGUAACUCUUUUGUUUCUAUCUUCUGUUUUCUGUUUUCUUUUAAUUUAGAAAAUCAUUUCAUCCAGUAUUCUGGGUAUUGGCCCAGCAGAGUUUAACUUUCAACAUCGAUGUCUCAUUUCGUAGGUCGAUUUGUUAGAGAAUAUUUUCAUAGUAUUCUCCUUACCUCUUACAUGUGUGUAUCUUCAAACCCCCCAGAAAUGGAGAUUUUUAUGUCUAUUGCUUAUGACUUAUGUGUAAUGGCCUUUUCUUAAGAUUGGGUUUGAAUUGUGCAAGCAGUGACCUUCAAAUUUCCAGCUCUAUUAUCCUCCUCUGUCGAAGUCUUUUUUAUCAUGUAGUUUUUGUCUCACGCAUCUAUCGAACCUACAACAUCUCAGUGUCAUUGUUCUAUUCUCCUCUAAAAGAGUCUUAUCACCAAAUUUUGUAUCGAAUACACUCAUGUCUAGACGUAAAGGAUAGGCUCCAUGCAGAUUACGGCAUUGUGAAAUCGAAUAGUGAAGUUUCCUGGCCGAUACUCGAGUAUGUCGACGCAACCUUUUGCCUUCAAGUAGUUUUGGAAUCCAGCCGUCUUCCUUCAACCUCCCUCUCAUGUUAUUUGGUUUAUCAUCAUGAGCAGUGCUCUGGCCUAGGUUGUGUAAUGUUUAUCUGCAUCGCUAAGCGCAGAAUAUAGCACUGUAAAGGUCCGUCAGUCUCGCAGCUCGACCUCUAUAUUUUUAUAGAUGUUCCGAGGCGAUUGGUCAGUGUUUUGCAUAGGCUUGUGUUUAGAAAGAGAUAUACCCUCUUAUGUAGGUGCACUGCUCAGUAGCCAACAACCACCAAAACUUAUGAUCGGAUGAGGGAGGUGGAUAAGCAGUGUCUCAUCUCAAUAGUUGCUUCACUUAUACAGCUUUCAUGAAUGGUCUGUACUGGAUCAUUUAUUUAAAUGAACACCUUGCCAUUGUAUCCUGGAAUUUAACUUACUUCUAGGCAUUCUUUACGUCAUGUAGUCUUCACGUUAUAAUUUCUCCUCUGGUCUGUGCAAUAACGAGACACAGUUUCAGUUAGUUCAGUCGAUUGACGAAUUCUAUCUUUUCAAAUGUGUUCCCAUUGAAGUAAGGGGUGCACAGCUGGAAAGAUUGAAGUCAUGGUAUUAUCAUAUCUUUUGAGGCUAACCCCAUGAAUGUCAAUGUUGGACAAUCAAGAAAGUAUGCUUUUUUAAUUAAACUUGCGAUUGGAAGAACACCAUUACGCUUCCACGGAGCUCUGAUUUCUAUUCCCUUCUUUGCAAAUUAGGCUUUUCUCGUCAUUUGUAAGUCUAGCUCCUUCACGUCGGACUAACACAGGAAUUUGUAAUUUCAGGAUGGCUGUAUAGUUUGUCCUUCGACCGAGUCUACAUUUGACCUGAAGACGGGAGAAAUCAAAGAAUGGUACCCGACGAAUCCUGUGCUGGCUCUUCUCACCAAGCCAACCAGAAUAUUGGAUGUUUAUCCAGUAAGACUAGACGCCGAGUAUAUCUACAUCAACAUGAGAAGACAAAACACUGGAGAAGCUGCAGAGAUCGUAUUUGGUGGUCAGACCCAAGCCGGCAGAACUGCAACUGAUGUGAACGUCGACGAGGUUAGACAAUCGAAUUUCGAACAUUCUUAUCUACCUUGAGCCAUUUGCUUUUUUGGUUCCUGACGGUCUAUUACUGGCUCUAAUUCAUUCAUUUGAACUCAUACACAUAACUUUUGUGGCCCAAUCAUAUAUCUUUUUUCAUAUAUAUAUAUAUAUAUAUAUAUAUAUAUAUAUAUAUAUAUAUAUAUCAGUCAGUGGAUUUGGAUUAGUAUUUUUGCGGGGUAGAACAACGAAAUGAAUGCUUGCCUCUCUCUACUUUGCUAUCACUUGAUUUCCUCAUCGUCUAUGGUCAAGGGUGUUCCUUGAACUUAGCUUUGACGUUUGAAACUGCCCAAGUCAUAAUAAUUGUACACAGGUUGGUGCCAUAUCCGAUGUUUUGUGUUUCUGGAACCGAAAUGCAGUGGAAGUCCUUGUCGAUCCUCGCCACCACACCUGUGCUCUGGCGAUGUUGCCUCACACGCCCUGAAGAGCAUAGAUUCAUAAAAUAGCCCUUGCUGAGUCGUGACGUUGAACUUUAGACAUGUGUGAAGGAUCCUCUUGGACCAUAAAGUGAGUAGUCAUUUUAUGGUUUCCAGAUGUGCUGGAUUACAGGCUUUUGCCUCUUCAUGGCAAUUUUCAUUUUACUGUUGAAACAAUUAUAUCUCAGGACAUUUUCAGAGUGGUCAUCUGUUGUCAUGGUCGAACAAGAGUGAGCUGCGAAGCCUUAGCCCAGUGUCUUAUUCAGUGAAGUUGGGAGCUGAGAGUCCAAGACAUGAGACUAACCUCGUCUAGAUAUUCAACAAUGAAAGGCGAGUAGACUUCCGUACAAGCUUGAUUUAUUUGGCUCUGACUCUUAUUCUUGUUGUCGUUGCAGAUAAAGAUGGUGGUAGACGAAAACGAACUCGGAUUCGGAUUCACUCCCUACACCGAGAUGGUCAAUGGUCGUGCUGCAAUGUUGGGAUUCACGAUGCUCCUGAUCUCAGAACUUGUCACUGGUAGAGGAUUUUUGAAGGGAAUUGGCUUCCUGGACUUUCUGUACAGCACUUUGGGAAAGUAGGUUUUCAGCUCUCAUGUUUUGGUUUGCUUUAGGUUUUAUGUAGUUGUGGUGUCUCUCGUACCUCUCAAUUAUUACGUACGACGACUUUGGUAGGAGAUAGAGUUCCGGAAUGAAGACCACGGAUUUUUUUGAAGUCUCGACUCUUCAAGCAGUGAAGUCGGACUUGACACAGACUACUUCGUAGAAAAUGUACCAUGUGAGUCCAGAGUUGAAAGAACCUGCGUUUGAUUGACGAUGAAUCAACUGCAUUGGACGUUUCUCUCACUGUACCAUCAUACUGAUGUACCAUAGUUCUUUUGGACGGUAUGUAACGUGUACUCGAACAGAUGUACCAGAUGUGGCACCGAGCUGCAAAACUACUUCUCACUUGUGAUGUUAAGUGAAGUGUAAUUCAUUCUGUCGUCCUAAUAAAACCUUAGACAAAAGUUUGAGUU